AUGUCCAUUCCUACCAAUUGGAUAAAGUCAACUAGUGACCCAUUGCGAGGAAAUGAAGAGGAAGAGGCUAUUGCAUGUAAAUAUCUCAAACCUUUUGAGAUCCCCCCUUCUUCUCUCGUCUGCCUUGAAACACCAAAACAUGAGACCUGUCGCCUUGAAACACCAAAACAUGAGACCUGUCGCCUUGAAACACCAAAACAUGAGACCUCUCGCCUUGAAACGCCAAAACAUGAGUCCUCUCGCCUUGAAACGCCAAAACAUGAGACCUCUCGCCUUGAAACACCAAAACAUGAGACCUCUCGCCUUGAAACACCAAAACAUGAGACCUCUCGCCUUGAAACGCCAAAACAUGAAACCUGUCGCCUUGAAACACCAAAACAUGAGACCUGUCGCUUUGAAACACCAAAACAUGAGACCUCUCGCCUUGAAACGCCAAAACAUGAAACCUGUCGCCUUGAAACACCAAAACAUGAGACCUGUCGCUUUGAAACCCCAAAACAUGAGACCUCUCGCCUUGAAACACCAAAACAUGAGACCUCUCGCCUUGAAACGCCAAAACAUGAGACCUCUCGCCUUGAAACACCAAAACAUGAGACCUCUCGCCUUGAAACGCCAAAACAUGAGACCUCUCGCCUUGAAACACCAAAACAUGAGACCUGUCGCCUUGAAACACCAAAACAUGAGACCUCUCGCCUUGAAACACCAAAACAUGAGACCUCUCGCCUUGAAACACCAAAACAUGAGACCUGUCGCCUUGAAACACCAAAACAUGAGACCUCUCGCCUUGAAACACCAAAACAUGAGACCUCUCGCCUUGAAACGCCAAAACAUGAGACCUCUCGCCUUGAAACACCAAAACAUGAGACCUCUCGCCUUGAAACACCAAAACAUGAGACCUCUCGCCUUGAAACGCCAAAACAUGAGACCUCUCGCCUUGAAACACCAAAACAUGAGACCUCUCGCCUUGAAACGCCAAAACAUGAGACCUCUCGCCUUGAAACACCAAAACAUGAGACCUGUCGCCUUGAAACACCAAAACAUGAGACCUCUCGCCUUGAAACACCAAAACAUGAGACCUCUCGCCUUGAAACACCAAAACAUGAGACCUGUCGCCUUGAAACACCAAAACAUGAGACCUCUCGCCUUGAAACACCAAAACAUGAGACCUCUCGCCUUGAAACGCCAAAACAUGAGACCUCUCGCCUUGAAACACCAAAACAUGAGACCUCUCGCCUUGAAACACCAAAACAUGAGACCUCUCGCCUUGAAACACCAAAACAUGAGACCUCUCGCCUUGAAACACCAAAACAUGAGACCUCUCGCCUUGAAACACCAAAACAUGAGACCUCUCGCCUUGAAACACCAAAACAUGAGACCUCUCGCCUUGAAACGCCAAAACAUGAGAGCUCUCGCAUUGAAACACCAAAACAUGAGACCUCUCGCCUUGAAACACCAAAACAUGAGACCUCUCGCCUUGAAACGCCAAAACAUGAGACCUGUCGCCUUGAAACACCAAAACAUGAGACCUCUCGCCUUGAAACACCAAAACAUGAGACCUCUCGCCUUGAAACGCCAAAACAUGAGACCUGUCGCCUUGAAACACCAAAACAUGAGACCUCUCGCCUUGAAACGCCAAAACAUGAGACCUGUCGCCUUGAAACACCAAAACAUGAGACCUGUCGCCUUGAAACACCAAAACAUGAGACCUGUCGCCUUGAAACACCAAAACAUGAGACCUCUCGCCUUGAAACGCCAAAACAUGAGACCUCUCGCCUUGAAACACCAAAACAUGAGACCUCUCGCCUUGAAACGCCAAAACAUGAGACCUGUCGCCUUGAAACACCAAAACAUGAGACCUCUCGCCUUGAAACGCCAAAACAUGAAACCUGUCGCCUUGAAACACCAAAACAUGAGACCUGUCGCUUUGAAACACCAAAACAUGAGACCUCUCGCCUUGAAACGCCAAAACAUGAAACCUGUCGCCUUGAAACACCAAAACAUGAGACCUGUCGCUUUGAAACACCAAAACAUGAGACCUCUCGCCUUGAAACACCAAAACAUGAGACCUCUCGCCUUGAAACGCCAAAACAUGAGACCUCUCGCCUUGAAACGCCAAAACAUGAGACCUGUCGCCUUGAAACACCAAAACAUGAGACCUCUCGCCUUGAAACACCAAAACAUGAGACCUCUCGCCUUGAAACACCAAAACAUGAGACCUCUCGCCUUGAAACGCCAAAACAUGAAACCUGUCGCCUUGAAACACCAAAACAUGAGACCUGUCGCUUUGAAACACCAAAACAUGAGACCUCUCGCCUUGAAACACCAAAACAUGAGACCUCUCGCCUUGAAACGCCAAAACAUGAGACCUCUCGCCUUGAAACACCAAAACAUGAGACCUGUCGCCUUGAAACACCAAAACAUGAGACCUCUCGCCUUGAAACACCAAAACAUGAGACCUCUCGCCUUGAAACACCAAAACAUGAGACCUGUCGCCUUGAAACACCAAAACAUGAGACCUCUCGCCUUGAAACACCAAAACAUGAGACCUCUCGCCUUGAAACGCCAAAACAUGAGACCUCUCGCCUUGAAACACCAAAACAUGAGACCUCUCGCCUUGAAACACCAAAACAUGAGACCUCUCGCCUUGAAACACCAAAACAUGAGACCUCUCGCCUUGAAACACCAAAACAUGAGACCUCUCGCCUUGAAACACCAAAACAUGAGACCUCUCGCCUUGAAACGCCAAAACAUGAGAGCUCUCGCAUUGAAACACCAAAACAUGAGACCUCUCGCCUUGAAACACCAAAACAUGAGACCUCUCGCCUUGAAACGCCAAAACAUGAGACCUCUCGCCUUGAAAAAAAAAUUAACACAUUAUAA